GGCUCCGGUGAGUGGAGCGCAAAUCUCGGCCCCGCCGGUGCCCGGAAGCGCGGCGCGGCCGCGGCGAGCGCGGCGAAGAGAGGGAGGCGUCCGCGGCUCCCUCCUCAGGAAGGGCACGUUUGGAGGGGCGGCCGCGGGGCGCCGCCCGCCCCAGCGCCCCCUCCUCAGCUCCGCGCCCGCAGCGCGGUGACCGAGUGGCCGCGCUCCUGACGCCAGACCCGGGCUCGCACCGCCGCCCGCCAGGCGGCGCUGACAGGGCGCCCGCGGCGGCCCCGAGGCGCCGGGCUGGCCGUUUGCUGACCGGAUCGCGGCUGCCCGCCAGCGUGUCCGCGGCGCCGCCGCCGGCAUGGGUUGCGCCCCGAGCACCCACAUUUCCGAGGGCCGGGCGGUGUACCAAGGCGGCGAGGAGGCCGCGGUCGCCCCGGGGCCCGCGGCGCCGCCGCCGCCGUCGUCCGGCCGGCCGUCCCUCACACAGGGCCAGAAGAUGACCGCCCUGCGCCCGGCCCGCGCCGCCAGCCUCGCGGAGUCCGAGCCUCGCGACGGCAGCGGGAAGAAGGUAGCAGUAGCUGAGGUGCAAUUUGGCCCCAUGAGAUUUCACCAAGAUCAACUUCAGGUACUUUUAGUGUUUGCCAAAGAAGAUAACCAAUGUAAUGGAUUCUGCAGGGCAUGUGAAAAAGCAGGGUUUAAGUGUACAGUCACCAGGGAGGCUCAGGCUGUCCUUGCCUGUUUCCUGGACAAACAUCAUGACAUCAUCAUUAUAGACCACAGAAAUCCUCGACAGCUGGAUGCAGAGGCACUGUGCAGGUCUAUAAGAUCAUCAGAACUCUCAGAAAACACAGUUAUUGUUGGUGUAGUACGCAGGGUGGAUAGAGAAGAGUUGUCUGUAAUGCCCUUUCUUGCUGCUGGAUUCACAAGGAGGUAUAUUGAAAACCCCAGCAUCAUGGCUUGCUACAAUGAACUGCUCCAGCUGGAGUUUGGAGAGGUGCGGUCACAACUGAAACUCAGGGCUUGUAACUCAAUAUUCACUGCAUUAGAGAAAAGUCAAGAAGCAAUUGAAAUAACAAAUGAAGACCACAUUAUACAGUAUGCAAAUCCUGCAUUUGAAACAACAAUGGGCUAUCAGGCAGGUGAAUUAAUAGGGAAGGAGUUAGGAGAAAUGCCUAUAAAUGAAAAGAAGGCUGACUUGCUGGAUACUAUAAAUUCAUGCAUCAAGAUAGGCAAGGAGUGGCAAGGAGUUUACUAUGCCAAAAAGAAAAACGGAGAUAAUGUACAACAAAAUGUGAAGAUAAUACCUGUCCUUGGACAGGGAGGAAAAAUUAGACACUAUGUGUCCAUUAUCCGAGUGUGCAGCGGCAACAAUAAGGCUGAGAAAAUAUCUGAAUGUGUUCAGUCUGACACUAAUACAGAUAAUCAGACAGGCAAACAUAAAGACAGAAGGAAAGGCUCACUGGACGUCAGAGCUGUCGCCUCCCGAUCAGGUGAAACGUCCAGUCAGAGACGACACUCCUCCAUGGCCCGGAUACAUUCCAUGACGAUUGAGGCGCCCAUCACCAAGGUAAUCAAUAUUAUCAAUGCUGCCCAGGAAAGCAGUCCCAUGCCUGUGACAGAGGCCCUGGACCGUGUGCUGGAAAUUCUAAGAACCACUGAAUUAUACUCACCACAGUUCGAUGCUAAGGAUGACGAUCCUCACGCCAAUGACCUCGUUGGUGCCUUAGUGUCUGAUGGUUUGCGAAGACUAUCAGGGAAUGAAUAUGUUCUUUCAACAAAAGGCAGUCAGCAGGUUUCAAGCAAUAUAAUCACUCCCAUCUCCCUUCACGAUGUCCCACCACGGAUAGCUCGGGCUAUGGAAAAUGAGGAAUACUGGGACUUUGAUAUUUUUGAACUGGAGGCUGCCACCCACAAUAGGCCUUUGAUUUAUCUUGGUCUCAAAAUGUUUGCUCGCUUUGGAAUCUGUGAAUUCUUAAACUGCUCCGAGUCAACGCUGAGAUCAUGGUUACAAAUUAUUGAAGCCAAUUAUCAUUCUUCUAACCCCUACCACAAUUCUACACAUUCUGCUGAUGUGCUUCACGCCACUGCCUAUUUUCUCUCCAAGGAGAGAAUAAAGGAAACUUUAGAUCCAGUGGACAAGGUUGCUGCGCUCAUUGCAGCCACCAUUCAUGAUGUCGAUCACCCUGGGAGAACCAGCUCCUUCCUGUGCAAUGCUGGCAGUGAGCUCGCCAUUCUGUACAAUGACAUUGCUGUGCUGGAGAGCCACCACGCGGCCUUGGCCUUCCAGCUGACCACUGGAGAUGAUAAAUGCAAUAUCUUUAAAAACAUGGAGAGGAAUGACUAUCGGACACUGCGCCAGGGGAUUAUUGACAUGGUCCUAGCCACAGAAAUGACAAAGCACUUCGAACAUGUUAACAAAUUCGUCAACAGCAUCAACAAACCCUUGGCAGCACUAGAAGAAAGUGAGGAGACUGAAAAAAAUCAGGAAGCCAUAAACUCUAUGCUCAGGACUCCAGAGAAUCGGACUCUAAUCAAACGAAUGCUGAUUAAGUGUGCUGAUGUGUCCAAUCCCUGCCGACCCCUAGAGUCCUGCAUCGAGUGGGCUGCACGCAUUUCAGAAGAGUAUUUUUCUCAGACUGAUGAGGAGAAGCAGCAGGACUUGCCUGUGGUGAUGCCGGUUUUUGACAGAAAUACCUGCAGCAUCCCCAAAUCCCAGAUCUCUUUCAUUGACUACUUCAUCACAGACAUGUUUGAUGCUUGGGAUGCCUUCGUAGACCUGCCUGAUCUAAUGCAGCAUCUUGACAACAACUUCAAAUACUGGAAAGGACUGGAUGAAAGGAAGUUUCGGAGCCUCCGACCACCUCCCGAAUAGUGUGGGACACUGCCCACGGCCCAGACGCUUUGUCCCUCUGGUUAUUUGGAAUUCCAGAGGACAGCCAGAGUUCCUUGGUCCUUUCAGUAUUAGGCAGCACUGUCUCCCAGUCUGCAGAGCCUGUGAAAAGCACAUGGAGGACAUCAGUGAACUUCUGUAGCCACCAUCCAAUGCCAUUCCCACAAAGUGAGACUUGGCCACUGUAGCUUGGGCCUGAGCUCUUCAGAAAGGCAUACGAGACCCAUUGUUUUCAUCAGCUUUCUCUAAAACAUGAGGUCUGGAGAGUCCCUGCAAAAGGUAUUGAUGGAUUUCCUGCCAGCAACGGAGAGUAUCCUCUUACAAACAAUUUCUCUCAAUUAUGUUCAGACUUAAGAACAGCUGAUGGCAAUCGGAUCUUUAGCAACUUUUCCACAUCAUAGAAGGUGCAAUCACUCACUUCGGAACACUACUGAAAGUGACUUCUCUUUUAAAAUUGAGUAGCAAAUGAUACAUAAAAAGAAACUUUGAAGUUGAUUAUUAAUAUCAAUUGUUAAAAUGUUUUAUUUAUUUUAUUAGAAGUUCAAUGUUUUCUAUGAAUUUAAAAAUACUUUGAAGUCAAAGCCAAAGCUAACUUCAGAUGCCACGACCAAAUUUACACGAUUCAUAUUCAUUAAGUAUGUGUUACUUGGAUACAGACUUAUUUUCAUAAUACAAAUCAAAAUAUAAAGUGACAUUUUUUACUGCACUACAGAAAUAUUUGUAUACAUUAAACUCUCCUGAUUGAGGCUGACUGGAAGAAGCUGUUCUGUUGGUGAGUCUUACUCUGCAGAGCUAAAGUAGAAGGCUGCUUCCCUGUGUAGAACCCAGGGCUCUGAAACUGCUCUAGCCAUCUGAUCUUUGCCGUCCGUGACUCCCCAAGGUAAAACUACACUCUUCUUGGUUUGCAAAGAAAAAUUGGAACUUAAUACUUUUUUCUUAAAGUUUUAUAAUUGAAUUUCCAAAAGUCUGCCUUAUUUUAUACUCUUUCUAUAAAAUAGUCUCUAUAAAAAUGAAGAACAAAAAUGGAAUAUUUAAUGAAUUGACAUUUUAUAACCAGCCUCUUUUCAUCUGCAGUGGGAAUCUUUGAUUCCAGAAAUUUAUAAAGGUUCUAUAUCUUCACAUUUCAAAUGAGCAUAAUACCAUAAAAAAUGACACUUGAUGACAUUUCAAAGUGUUUGUCAUUUCAUUUUUAACUUGUAUUUUCUUUCCAGAUAAAAAUGAAAUUAAACUAUUUGUUUUUAAGACAU